AUGUCUGCUAGACAAGAACAUGAUGGGGCUCAUGAUGCCGUAGGAUAUCUUCUGCCAGAUAAUGUGCGAUAUGCGACCAUCGAUGAAGCUAGAAUUGGUCAAAGACAUGAUAUUCCUGAUCCUAACGUCAAAGCAAGAGAGAAGCUUCGUGCACUAAAGGUUGCUGUAAUUUGCGCCAUCGGUUUUGCAGUGCUUUCAGGAGCGGCAAACGUUGUUCUGGUCACUAUGUUGCAAAAAGAUUCACAAUGUGAAAGUUGUCCUACUUCUCCUGAUAUACAGCGAAAAACCGUACGUGAAUGUUUGGAUGCCAUAAAUAUGACUUCGAGAAAUGCACUCGAAAAACGAACGGCUGAGAACAUUGAAACCUGUUUUGAAGAGAACAAUCAUUUUGAUGAUAUUGGGAGAAACGUUACCAAAAUGACAUCUUUGAUGUUUACAGAUAAUACCUGUCCCUCGGGUGACUUCUUGCUGGUACGAAGCAAUGACGAUAUUAAUGGGAAGGGCAGUCAGGUUCGUCCAAGCUGUAAGAAAAUCGUUUUGGGAAUACUGACAAAACAAAUGCUACAAUCCCCUGAACAUUGCUUCUACCUUGCGUGUAAAGUAAAAGCAAAUGUUGUAUACUACGAUCAAAAUAUGGAGUGUGCAGCGUAUAAGUGUGGAACCAAUUCUAAUGGAUUAGACUGGGCGUACACGUGGACCGAUGAGUUUGCUAGUUAUUCGGGAAAGACUUAUGCCAGGCCACAAACUUAUAACCAACAAUGUCAUAAUGCGUACUUCAUGCAAAGGACAUGGACAAAUAAUGGUCGAGCUACUUGUUUCCGUAUUUCAGAUACAUUUGUCGAAAGCCUAUCGAAAUGUGUGGAAAAGGCGUGUAUGGAUAAAGCAAAUACCUUGAACUUCGUGUCCCAUAGAUCAUCUGGAUACAGUUGUGAAACGCAACACUGCCAAUGGAAUGUUACCACAAAUGACUACGUUUUUAAUGUUAGACCUCAUGAAGAUGUACAUUCGAAUUCAGUUGUUUAUAGUCUUUCUCAUAUUACUAGACCUAUUAAGAAUUUACUUCAAACUGAACCAGUUGAAUUUCCGAUGCAAAUUCCUGGACAGUGUGGGGCUCCAGGACAUUUCAAUGGACACAAAUCAACAGAUCGGGAAAUAUCAAACUUUUUCAGCGAGUCAGGAUCAAAUACAUUUAUUCACGUAAACAAUGAUGAUACAUUCCUUGCCUAUAAGUGUCGCCCAAACCACGAGGGGACCUACUGGAAAUUUUAUGAUGAUAAUUGCUAUAGCGACAGAACAUUUUCAAAAUGGUGGAUUGUACCAUAUCCAGGAACCCCGAACUGUAAAUCAGAUAUGUUCACUCUGAGGCGUAUGAGAGCAUCCUGUCAGAAGUCCAAUUGUAACCCAAGAAGUUUUGAGAAAGUCUCGACUGCUCGGGAUCUUCGACAAUGCAUGUUGUAUGCGUGUGAGAAGGGCUACAAUGUCAUUAACUAUUUUAGUAACGCGACCUCGAAUGUCUGUGAGUUGAGGAAUUGUUAUAGAUAUAAAGGUGGUGACUAUGACUUUCAGUACGAAGCCACGGAUGACACUCAUGGAUACGAUGUCUACGCAUUACAGCCUGAUUCUAACAUCUACAAUAGCCGUGGGAGUAAAUCUUUGUAUGCAAAAUACACAAUAUCAUACAACUUCCGUCUGGAUAAAACAUAAUUUGUAUUGCAGUUUGUAAAUUGCACUCUUGUUAACUAAUAAAAAAGUGAGUUGAAACAUCUAAGUUAAUAUUAUCAAAAUACUUGUACACAGAAAAGCAUACUUUCUUAAGCAAUAAUUGGUAUGGAGAUUCCGAAUUAACCUUUUUUUACGUUCGUUAUAUCUUAACAGCAAAACCGGACAUAUAAAAUAAAGUUUGUGAACAUAUAAUACUACAAUUUAUGUUUCACAUAUUUAUAUAUAAAAGUGUAUUCAAUUAUAUCUGUUAAUUAUAACUAGGAUUUGCACUUUCACACUUAUUCGUUAGGGAAAUACAAUAUCUGUAAUUAUAACUUUGCUUUGUAUAUAUUAGUUUAGAAAAC